AUGGGAUCAGCCAAGAAAGGCAAGGCUUCUACAGGCGACAUGUCUCAAGACGCCAUCAAGGACCGCCGUCUCAAGAAGCGAGAACUCGAUCGCAAGGCGCAGCGCAUGGCCCGCGAACGAACCAAGAAUCGAAUCACGCAUCUCGAGGCCGUUGUGGCACACCUGAAGCAGGGCGACACGGACUCUCGUAUCUUGUCGCUGAUGGACCAUCUGUCACGCGUGACGAACGAGAGGGACAAGCUUUUGAGCGCUAUGGAGUCUCUAUCUUUCGUCAUACGGGGCCACAUUCAAGAUGCUACGGGAGGGACGGACCGACGCGUUUCCGCCUCAGCGGUCGAGAACAUUCCAGUGUUGCCAGCCCAGAGCCAUGAUGCUGUUUCUGCAGCAUCAUUCCCAGAUACUCAUGCACCGUCGAUCCUAUCCACCGAUACUUUUAUGGACUUGCUCGAUCCGCAGCUAUGGUUGGACAAGGAACUUGGUUUGCCUGCUUCUGGAACGGGACUUGGUAAUGGUGACUUCUCUGACGACCUUUUGGGCGAUCCGCAUUCCUCCCAAGAGAUGGGAAUCGCGCCGAGACUGCUUGGUACCCUUCCUUGGGACAUGCCGCCUCGAGAGGAUGUAAUUGUCCCACCGUCCACUCCCGAAUGUUCCUGCGCCAGUUCCGAGGACACCAACCUUUGGCGAGCGGCCAAUGAAGCUUUGACACGGUCAUGUUGGGAUACUCGACAGGAACCAAUGAUGGAAGAUGCAAACUGCGAGGAUGUAGUCAUCCGCGCCAUAACAGAAGGAUGGGAGAGCGUUGAGAGUAGAGGUAGCAUGAUGGACUCUUGGUACAGGCUCCGAAAGCUCGAUGACAUGUUCUGGCAUAAAUGCCAACCAACAGAAAGGCUGGCAAUCCUGACCCUGAUUUCUUGGUUGAUCGAGCACCCAGGAGGCCCCAGUCCAAAGAGGCAAGCUUCCUUGCCAAAAUGGUUACGGGCAAGGCCAUCCCAAACCCUGCCACAUUCACGUGCCAUCGACUUCUUCGCCUGGCCGGGACUACGGGAACGAUUCGUCUUCUUCCAACAUCAGUACUGCGCGAAUCUCUUCUGGUACCUGUUCCUAUCCAACUUUAAAAUUCUCUGGCCUUUUGACUUUCGCGACACCUACAUGCAGAACUCCGAAACUGGCGAGUUCCAUCUAUCCCCGCAUUUCAAGCAGUGUAUGAGCGAUCUUGGCUCCUGGACGGUUGGGCAGGGUUUCUUUGAACAGUUCCCAGAGCUGUAUGCCGAUAUUCAGAUACAUGCAGCAUCAUAG